GGAAAUUAUAAACCCAAACAAAAUCAUUUGACAGUAGAUGUCGCAGUGUGUCGUGAAAGUUCAUACGACGACGUUGUAGUGUUUGAAAUGGUCAAAUUUGAUCCGUUUGUUUCAAGAAUAUGACAGAGUUGAUUUGAAAGCCAUGACAGUUUUCCAGCAGGAUGUUUAUCUAUGACUGGGCACUUGUUGGAUUUGGAUUGUUUAUUUUGCUGAUAUGUUUUCUGUGUUUCUGUCGCAUGUGGAGGAUCCGAAGAUACCAGUCCCGCAAAGAAACUACUGGAUGCAUACAUGUGAGCUAUGCCAAAAACAAGACUUGUUGUAAUGAUAAUUGUGCUGUUUGCCUUGAAGAAUUUCAGCCGAAGGAGACUAUAACUAUUUGUCCUUGUAAACAUGGCUUCCACAAAAAAUGUUUGUCCGAAUGGCUUAAACAACACAACACAUGUCCCAUGUGUAAAUCUGAUGUAACUGUGUGUGGAGAAAGAAGCAUCCUGGUGGAAACGUGACACGAGUCAUCUACCCACUUUCUUCCAAUGCUCUUUACAUGGUCUCGUACUGCAGUGACAAGUGAAACAAACAUUUCAAAGGUUUAUCAACACAGCACAUUUUAAACAGCAGCUAUUUGGUGUCUAAAAUAUGGAUAUAUUGACAUUUGGUCAUACUGCAGUGUCAAGUGUAACAAACACUUCAAAGAAAAGUUUGAUCAACACAGCACAUUUUAAACAGCAGCUAUUUGGUGUCUAAAAUAUGGAUAUUUUGACAUUUGGUCAUACUGCAGUGUCAAGUGUAACAAUACACUUCAAAGAAAAGUUUGAUCAACACAGCACAUUUUAAACAGCAGCUAUUUAGUGUAAUAACAUACAGAUAUUUUGACAUUUAGUCAUACAUCAAUGUCAAGUGUAACAAGCACUUCAAAGAAUAGAAGAGGUUUAUCAACACAGCUCAUUUUAAACAGCAGCUAUUUGGUGUAAUAACAUACGGUUAUUUUGUUUUUGGGAACUGGGAAACUCUUUUUACGUGCCCCUAUCCACAAGGGUUCAGGCACGCCCACCCCGGAUUCAGCCUCUGACUUCGCCAGUGACCGACUGUUUUUAGUCAUACUGCAGUGUUAAGUGUCAUAAACACUUCAAAGAAUAGAAGAGCACAUUUUAAACAGCAGCUAUUUGGUGUAAUAACAUAUGGUUAUAUUGACAUUUGGUCAUAAUGCAGUGUGAUGAAAGAAAAGGAAAGGAGUAUCUGUUUAACGACUUCUCAGCACAUUUUAAAUUACAACUAUUUGAAGUCUUAACAUUUGGUUAUUUCGACAUUUUGUAGAUUCAGAAAAAGGGAGCAAACCUACUGCUACUAUAUAGGCUAUUCCUAGCAAAACAGAAGCAAAUGAUCUUUUAUUUGCACUUUCCCUCGUACAUACCACGGCCUUGAUGAACCUGGCCUCGUGCUUAUCAAACAUUUAGAAUCUAUACUCGAGACUAAUAGAGACUGAGACUGUAAAAUCAUGGCAACACCAUACAAUUGCAUCCAUGUGACGUAAUUAGAGAUCGAGUCUUAACUAAAAGUUUUAUGGGUCAUUGGUUGGGACGAGAAUAAUCUUAAGUCCACUGAGGGUGAUCGAUCGAUCACUGUUGAAAUUUUAAAAUAAUUAUAUAAUGUUUGAUUGCCAUGUUGUAGCGUGGUCAUGGUGCUUUUUUAUAAUGUACAGUGGCUCUUGAAGUCAGUAUCUGUUUGUGGACCCAUUGGGAUAUUUUCCAUUCCAAGCUUCAAAACAGGAAAAUGCUUAUAAAAGAUCCUUUGUUGCCAGUCCAGAGAACUACAUGUAUAUAGUAAUAAAUUUCUUUGGUUGAAUGCUA